AUGGAUUCUGAAUCUUUCAAUACAGGCAGUGAGAAGUUUCUUCUCUGGUUCAAGUCACUCCCAGGGGCCUCAUUCUCCGACGCUAUCAAGAUUGUUGACCUUCGAGACCGCAAUGCGGGCCGUGGUAUAAUUGCCCUAAAGGAUAUUCCUGCUGAGACGACGCUCUUCACCAUCCCGAGGAAGGGCAUCAUUAAUGUUGAAACCUCAGAGCUGCCCAAGAAGCUUCCCGACGUCUUUGACCUUGAUAAGCCCAUUGAUGAUGAUGAUGAUGAGGCGCCGCGAUUGGACUCAUGGAGCUCUUUGAUCCUCGUCAUGAUGUACGAGUACCUGCAGGGUGAAAAGUCACAGUGGAAGCCCUACUUUGACGUGCUCCCCUCCUCGUUUGAUACGCCCAUGUUCUGGUCCGAGAGCGAACUAGACCAGCUACAGGCCAGUCACAUGCGUCACAAAAUCGGCAAGGCGGACGCGGAGAACAUGUUCCGCAAGACUCUUCUCCCCAUCAUUCGAAACAACUCGAGCAUAUUUGGCGGCGAGAACCGAAGUGACGAUGAUCUUGUCGAGAUUGCGCACCGGAUGGGCAGCACCAUCAUGGCAUAUGCUUUUGAUCUCGAGAACGAUGAGGAUGAGGAGGAGGAAGAGGCGGAUGGCUGGGUGGAGGACCGAGAAGGCAAAUCCAUGAUGGGCAUGGUCCCAAUGGCCGACAUCUUGAAUGCCGAUGCGGAAUUCAAUGCGCAUGUGAACCACGAAGAAGAAAGCCUCACGGUAACUAGCUUGAGGCCAAUCAAGGCUGGUGAGGAGAUCCUCAAUUACUACGGGCCGCAUCCCAAUUCGGAGCUGCUCAGACGAUACGGCUACGUGACUGAGAGACAUUCUCGUUAUGACGUUGUUGAGAUUCCUUGGGACGUCGUGGAGUCAGUAAUGAGGCUCAACUUUGGCAUUUCCGGCCAAGUACUGGAAAAACUGCGUCAUGAUCUGGAAGAGGAGGAGGAGUUUGAAGACACAUUUGUGCUGGAGCGUGAAACCGGAGAGGUGAACUCGGAUGGCACGUUUUCAGGCCCUGCCCGGUUCGAAAGCAUGCCCGAGGACCUCCAGCAGCAGCUCAAGACGUUCCUCAAAGGGGUGAAGAAGGCCCAACCUGAAGCCAUUCCCGACAAGCGAAAACGGGACGAAAUCCAUCAUGCCGUGCUGGCCAAGACACUGCAAGCUCUUGCGUCGAAAUACCCAACAAGUACCUCGGAGGACCAUAUUCUGCUCCAGGGACAGGACCUCAGCCAGCGGACCCGCAUGGCUAUCGAGGUUAGACUGGGAGAGAAGAAGUUGCUCCAAGAAGCGAUCGCGUCGACAUCCUCGGUUGAUGUUGAGAUGACAGUUGACGAUGAAUCUGGUCCAGCGAAGCGGGCAAAACGGUCGGGUUGA